CACAUUAAACUCAGGUGCAUCUGAUUCUACGUGUCUCCAGUGAUUUUUUUUGACCUCUGAGUAUUUGAGUUUUUGAUAUCUAAUGGAAGACAAAGAAAGUCCGUUUGAGAGGAAAAGAGCGAGGUCGUGAGCUAACUGGCCCGGCUCGGGACCUUGACUUUUUUGCUUCUACAGCCAUCAAUCUGCUUGUACAUUCAGGAUGGACGUGAAACAGCAUUGUGUGAGGCUGUCAGUAAAGCCAUCCAGAGGACUCGUGGAUGAGAAGUUCACCAUCUUGGUCCAGAAUGUCUUUCCUGGUUCCUACCUUACCAUCCACGCCCUCCACCAGAGUGAGGAAGGACACAGCUGGGAGGCGUUCGCUCACUACACCGCUAACGCCACUGGGACUGUGAACGUUUCAGAGGAUCCCAGUCUGGGCGGGACAUAUUCUGGGGUUGAACCGAUGGGUCUACUGUGGAGCCUCAGACCAGUUCCAGGCAACAAACCUGGGCUCAGGCUGAGGAAGAUGAACGUCCAGACUCCCAUGGAGGUCACAAUCUCUUUGUACCAGGGUCACCAGACUGAAGGCUUCCUGGACCAGGUGCCUCUUGCCAGUGUCAUGGUGGAGCGUUGGUACAUGGCGCCUGGUGUCCACCGGAUCCCGAUCACAGAUUACGGACUCAGCGCUGUCCUCCUCCUGCCCCCAGGACCAGGACCUUUCCCCGGUGUCCUGGAGCUGUGGGGGGGUGGAGGGAAGUUGGUGGAGUACCGUGCAGCGCUGCUGGCCUCCCACGGCUUUGCAUCCCUGGCCCUCGACUACCUGACACCUAAAACCACCAUGGAAACAGGGAAGAUGGUGGACAAUGAGUACUUUGAGAGGGCGUACAGAGUUCUGGAGCAGCAUCCUCAAGUCCUCAGUGAUAGAAUCGCCAUUUUGGGUAUUUCCUUCGGCGCCUGUGUCGUCUUCAAAUUUGCUGUUUACUCCCAAGUUAUGAAGGUCAAGUGUGUGGUAGCUAUUAGUGGAAUUCAUGAGCAGCCGUUGGACGGGAUGAUAGCGGACAUCUUAGCUCACUAUCACAAAAACGCUGCAAAAACUCGCUACAACGAGGCGAAUGAGGUGAUCUGCCGUGAUCUGAUGCUGCCCAUCACCACAGACCCUGCAUUCAAGGUGGAUGUGGGACGACUCCAGUGUCCUCUGUUGCUGGUUGUAGGUGAGGACGAUCAGAACUGGCCAGCCUGCGAGGCUGCAAUGGACAUGAAGGAGAUGAUGGAGCGGGCUGGGAACAGCCACCUGCUGACCAUUCUGUCGUACCCGAACGCUGGUCACCUGAUCGAGCCACCGUACACGCCACACACCAGAUCCAGCCUCUACAGAGCGGCUACCACAGGGAAGAGGAUAAUAAUUCUGUGGGGCGGAGAGAUGGUGGCGCACUCUCGUGCUCAGGAAGACGCCUGGAGGAAGACGCUGGCCUUCCUGAGGGAGAAUCUGUUCGGGGACAUAAAACCUGCGGUGACCUCAUUAUCACACCUGUAACACCAAGUCACACUGAACCAUCACUACCAGAACAUUUAUGAAAUAUACAAUGAUGGAAUGAUGUAAGCUGGGUCAGUCAGUUUAAUUAAAGUCAUGCUGAUGGUUUAACAUUAACAAGUUACAGAUUCUGACCUUCAGAAGGUUUUAAUCCAUCAUAAUCACAUAUACAGUCAUUUGUAUCCCUGCUCUUCAGUUUGUGAUUUCCCUCCUUCGAGCAGACUUUGGUUUUAUUUGUCAACAUCAAAGUUGUGAUCUUGUAAUGUCCUGCCGAGAGCAGAGAAAGUUUUAAGACCAGUUUCAACCACGAACAAAUAAUACAGCCUGUUGAGAAUGAAGCUCUUCCAUGUAUUUCAUUAAUAAACAAUAGAUCCUUUAGAAUACACCAACAAAAAUACUACAAAUAUAUAAAGAAUGCUUUAAAUGCACAGAACACAUGAGAGAAUAAACAUGGAAAUUGUGCUUAGGUAAAGGUUUGUUUUAUCAAUUUUUAAGCUGGUGGAUACAAAGUGAAGCAGUUUGUUUUCUUAUGAUGGUUCUGAUUGUUUUAAUGUCAUAAAUGUAGGAGGGACACCCCUUCUGAACUCUCCCAAAACCUAAAGUAAAGGAACAGGGGUGAGAUGGGUCACUCUGAGAUCAAAUGUUUAUUGCUUUGGCCGUUUCACCUCAUUCCUAAGGAACUCUUUCACCGUCAUCCUGGCGUCAAGGGUGGUAAAGGUGUCAAUUGGAAAUACUCCAGAUUUAAGUUUUGAUUAACAUCCUGGAAAAAUCCAGGGUUGUUGACAACACUGCCAGACCCAGGGUCAUUAACUAUGCUUUUUUUUUUUUUAAUUUUUUUUUUUUAAUUUUUGGCAUAAUGGACAUUAACAAUAUCAUUGCACUUGUAAAUUGUUAUGCAUAGGUAAAAGACAACAACAGAAAUAAUCAUAAAACAAAGAAACACAAAGAAAAACACAUCAACAGUAUACCUUGACUAAGUUACUAACAGGUCAACCAGAUAAUACAAUGAAAUCCUCAUAAUCAAACUAUUCGCCGUAUAGACGCACCACAAGUCUCUCACUAAAAUGUGUCAUAUCCUCACAUCCAACCAGCAGGGAGAAAACAAUAAAUAAUGAAUAAAAUAUACACAUAUACACAUACAUACAUACAUACGUAUAUAUACACACAAGCUGUCACCCUUUUUAAAAAAUAUAUUUGGAAGAAACAUUGGCAGGCACUGAAAGAGAUACAAAAAUCUAGGGAGAGUGUUCAUUUUAAUAGAGUUUAUCCUUGCGGCUAAAGAGAGGUGUAGCAGAGACCAGCGUUCUAAAUCUUCCUUAGUGCGGGUUAGAAGUGAACUGAAGUUGGCCUUGAAAAGGUUUUCAAAUCUAUUAGUGACAUGUAUACCAAGAUAAACAAAACUACCAUUUGUGAUUUUGAAUGAAAGACGAUGUAAAGGGAAACUCUUUGCAGCUGCAUUGAGCGGCAUCAGCUCACUUUUACUGAGAUUAAGUUUGUAUCCUGACAAGCAACUGAAUGACGUAAAAGUAGCAAGGGCAGCUGGAACAGAAACAGCAAGAUCAGAUAUAUAUAAUAAUAAAUCAUCCGCGUAUAGAGAUAAUUUGUGCUCCUGUCCAUAUCUGACUAUGCCUUUGAUACGUGGGUUGGAGCGAAGUGCUAUCGCAAGGGGUUCUAUAGAGAGAGCAAACAACAGAGGACUUAUAGGACAACCUUGGCGUGUCGACUGUUGUAAAGAGAAAUAUCCUGAGUGAGUGUUGUUAGUCCUGACACAGGCUAGAGGGGAUGAAGACAGAAGUUUUAGCCAAGCAAUGAACUUGGAACCAAAGCCGAAUUUAUGUAGGGUAUAAAAAAGAUACUUCCACUCCACGCGGUCAAACGCCUUUUCAGCAUCUAAAGAUAUAAUUGCCUCAGAGGUGCCUGUGGCAGAAGGAUUAUAUAUAACAUUAAACAGUUACCGUAGAAAGAGUGUCUGUUUUUAAUAAAUCCUGUUUGAUCAGGAGACAUAAUUGAUGGAAGAACGGCUUCCAGCCGCAUUGCCAAAAGCUUCGCUAAAAUUUUGUAAUCAACGUUUAAUAAGCUAAUCGGGCAGUAUGAUGUACAGUCAAGAGGAUCUUUGUUUUUUUAAGAAUAAGGGAGAUAGUUGCCUGUGUAAGUGUUGGCGGGAGAAUUUCAUUAGCAAAUGCUUCAUUGUACAUUUCUAAUAGAAUAGGGGCUAAUUUAGGAAAAAGCUUUUCAUAAAACUCUACAGGGUAACCGUCAGGCCCUGGGCUCUCACCUGAUUGAAGAGAUUUGACUGCUAUAGAUAAUUCUUCAACAGUGAUCUGCUCCUCCAAUUUUUCAACCAAAUCACGACUGACCACAGGCACAUCAAGGGAGUGGAAGAAAUUAUCAAGGUCUGAUGUAUCUGGUUGAUACUCGGAAGUAUAUAAAGACUGAUAGAAUCUGCUGAACUCAUCAUUAAUCCCCCUAGGGUCCAAUGUUAUUGCCCCCGCCGAUGUACGGAUUCUAGAGAUCUGAUGUGAUGAUGAAGAUUGGCGUAACUUGUGAGCCAACAAUCUACCGGCUUUAUCUCCUUGUUCAUAGUAGGUGCUCCUAGACUUGAAAAGUAGUUCUGUAAUCUGAUCAGUUACUAUCGUGUCGAAUUCUGCUUGCAAAGUCAAAUGCUCAUUAUAAAUAUCUGGAGAAGGUGAAACAGAAUAAAUGUCAUCUAAUUGGGCGAUAGAGCGUGUUAACACAGUUAGCCUGUCUUUUUUCAUUUUAUUCAUGAGUGCAGUAUAGGAAAUAAUUUCACCCCUGACGUAAGCCUUCAAGGUUUCCCAGAAAGUGGACAUAGAGAUAUCUGGAGUUCUAUUUGUGCUUUUAAAAAAGUCUAUUUGACCUGCAACAAUUUGACAAAGCUUUCCGUACUGAGCAGUUGAAUAUUUAGUCGCCAUGGUGGUCGCAAAUAAUCAAAAUUUUGAAAAGUUACUUUCAUUGUAACAGGGGCGUGGUCAGAAAUAACAAUUGAAUUAUAUGAACAUGAAGAUAUGGAAUGAAGAAGUAAGAAAAUUAAGACCAUUCCCUCCUGCUGGGUGGGCUACAUCAGGCUGAGUCAUGUCUUAGGAGAGAGAGGAUAUAUAAAGGACAUGGCAAAGUAGAAGCAAGAAAUCUUAGUUGACCGUAAUAAUACAAGUUUGAAAGACAAAAACAAGUCACAAGACGCAAAAAACACACAAGAACUAUGUACAGAGAAAAACCCCUCCCACAAACCCUCCCUUGCCGAAGCAUCUCCCCAACUGAGAUGCAAGCUAAACCCUAAAUACAAAUAAUUCUCAGAGCUAAACAUAACUCUUACUCUCUGCUACCUGAGGUUGUGACCAUAAAGCCAAAAUAAACCAAACCUACAUAAACUAACCAUUAGUAAGGUCUGAAGAGAGCUUUCAUCAAAUAAGUAGUUUCAAGGUCUGUAAGAUACCUUACGUGGUAAAACCAGACCCUAUCAGUGCAAACAGCCGACCAUUGGCAUAAAAGGCAACUUGUGUCAAAAUACCAUGACAAUAAUAUAAAUGAGAAGCAGCUAUGCAUAUUUGAGUAUGCAUAUCAGCAGUACUUUAGACUGUAGUGGAGAUUCAAAUACUGUACAUAGUAUUCAAAAAUAUAAAAAGACCUACAUCUCCACUAAAACAAUAUUUAAGUAUCAGUGAUUGUGAGAAAAAGGCUAUAGUAGAAAAAAAUAAAAAUAAAUAAAUAAAAUAAAAAUUCAAAAUAAGCUAUAUAGGCAGUAAGUUAUUGGCAUUAAGGGUGCCUCAGAUCAAAAUAGAAGUUAAUCCUGAUGAUACUAACAUUUUAACAUGGAUGAAAUAAGGA